AUGCCCCAAAAUUUCCACGCCGGUUGUUUUGCAAUACUGCUUCUUAGUUUUUUUCUGUAUUUUACCACAGGCCAUGCUAAAGUGAUAGCACACAUGAGCUCUCCUAAGCCCGCUCCUUGACCAACAAAAUUUUUUAGCUGACAAAAGUGAACCUGACCAUGAUCCUAG